AAAGGGUCGGCAGUGACUGUGUUUCAUAACUUUUUGCCGUUGUGGGGGGUGAACGAGUUUUAACACACGCUGGUCGACUCGUCCUUAACCGGCACAGCUUAGUAUGAAUCCAUCCGCGUUUGAUAGAGACGAUCCAUGGCAAAACGAGGACGAUGUGGUCAGAGGGACAAAUGAUGACGCUACCAUUAGCAGAAUGUCCGCUGCCUCCCUCGGUUAUAUUGACGAUCCAUAUGUGCAAUUUUUCGUAAAAAAGCCAAUAAGGCGGCCACCUAUCAUCAAUAGAGGUUCGUACAUUCGAUACCAGGCACUCAAUCACGUUGUACAACGAUUCCUACAGAGCGGUGAUGCAUCCUCAAAAAAGCAAAUUGUGUCUUUGGGAGCCGGAUUUGAUACCCGAUAUUUUCUUCUGAAGGCAGGAAAAAUCCCAGCUUCGGGUGUUAAUUUUAAAUAUUUCGAAAUUGAUUUCCCGGAAAUGAUUGCAAAGAAGGCAUCUAUCAUUCGGCGAAGAACAGAACUAGCCACAAUGUUGGACUCGCCCACCGUAGAGCGUGGUGGCAUGGAACUUGGUUCUGCAGACUAUGCUCUUAUUGGUGGCGAUUUGCGUCACUGGGACAACAUCGCAGAUAGACUAGCAUACCAUGGUUUUCAACCAGAGUAAGUACAGGUUGGUUGGCAUGACAUGGAAACGUUCGCGAUUUAAUCAGUUACCAGCGCUCCGACUCUAUUCAUCUCCGAAUGUGUACUCAUCUAUCUCGCACCAGAGGAUUCUCAAAUUAUCUUGAAAUGGAUAACCGACAAUACCCAAUCGUGUUUAUUUCUUUUGUAUGAACAAAUUUUACCCGAUGAUGCUUUUGGAAAGGUCAUGAUCCGUAACCUCAAGCUUCGCAAUAUCGAGUUGAAAGGUAUCCACGCUU